AUGCGCAUGCGACCCUGAGGCAUACCGGCACACACAGAUAACUUUAACUGAUACACUGGCCGACUGAAGCAGCGGUGUGCAAAACCAAAUUACACGCGUUCAGUUGCUGACGGCGUGUUAGCUUCGCUUGGAUUCAGUCGGAAAGACCUGAAAAAUGAAGACGGCGUUGGUGAUGCUGGUGGCUGUGUUGUGCCUCUGGGUGCAGCUCUCCGGCUGCGCCAGCAUCCUGGCCAUCUUCCCGCUGGGCGGCAUGAGCCACUGGCAGGUGUUCCGCGGACUGCUGGUGGAGCUCUCCAGGAGGGGGCACCGGCUCACCGUGGUGACGCCCUUCCAGCAGGAGGGCGACCCCUGGAACCACGUCCAGACCAAGCCCAACCUAGGAGGAGGGGGAGGAGGAGGAGGCGGCGGUGGAGGAGUAAAUUUCUUGGAUUUUGGCAAGCUUUCACACCAACAGCAGUUCCUUUUCAUGUUCAAGAUAGGAGAGCAAUUUUGUCAAGAGUUAAUGGAAGAUGAAGGUGUGCAAAGCCUAAUUAAUUCACAAGAUGAGAAGUUUGAGCUCCUGAUAAUUGAAGCUUUUUUCCAUGACUGUCUACUUGCUUUUGCACACAAGUUCAAAACUCCCAUUGUUGGAGCAUGUGCUACUGGAGCCGGUGCUACAUGGACACAUGCCAUGGUGGGGAACCCCUAUCCUCUGUCCUACCUCCCUGAGAUAGGGGUUGCCUACACAACCAAUAUGAACCUGUUCCAGCGGACAUACAACAUUUUUUCUGCUCUCACGUUCAACGCCUAUCGCCAUUACUUUUACCUUCCAGCUCUGGACCAAAUGGUCCAGAAGUACUUCAAGGAUCCCAGUAUACCUCCUUUGGCAAAACUGGAGAGCAAUACUUCUCUCAUGUUACUUAACACUCAUUUCAGCUUUGACUAUUCCAGGCCCUUAGUACCAAAUAUAAUAGAAAUAGCAGGCAUGCACAUUAAGACACCAAAAAAACUUCCACAGGAUCUACAAAUAUUUAUGGACACUGCGACAGAUGGUGUCAUAUACUUCAGCAUGGGGAGCAAUAUCAAAAGCACAGACUUCCCAGAAGACAUGAGGAAUAUGUUCCUCAAGGUAUUCUCCAAGUUGAAACAAAAAGUUCUGUGGAAACUUGAGACAGAAUCUCUGCCAAAUCAACCCGCUAAUGUGAAGAUUAGCAAAUGGUUGCCACAGAGUGACAUUCUCGAUCACAGAAAUUUGAAGUUCUUUAUCACUCAUGGAGGAAUGAUGAGUGUUCAAGAAGCCCUUCACUUUGCUGUCCCACUUCUUGGAGUUCCUAUAUAUGGUGAUCAAGAACCAAACUUGUUGAAAGUGCAAAGUCUCGGAUAUGGAAUUAUGCUUCUGCUUAAUAACAUCACUGAAAAAUCAUUUCAAUGGGCAGUAAAUGAACUACUUCUGAAUCCAAGAUAUGUAGAGAAUGCGAGAAAGUAUUCCAAACUGUUUCAUGACCGUCCACAAAAACCCCUGGAUACAGCUGUCUACUGGACAGAAUAUGUUUUACGUCACAAGGGAGCCUACCACAUGAGGUCUGGGGCACUGGAUCUGACAUGGUACCAAUACUUCCUACUAGAUGUCAUCUUCUUCCUACUGGUUUGCAUUUUAAGUGCAUUACUGGUAAUGACAAUAACAAUAAAAUAUGUUGUUAAGUACAUCUUUGGUACCAAACAUUCAGCUUCUGAGAAGAAGAAAAGUGCAAAAAAUGACUAGGUUUUUGACAUUUAAAGAAAAAUAUUGAUGAUUUUUUGGCAGUAAGACAGUACAUAUAAAAUAAUUUAUGUUUGACUGGCAUUUUCAAUGAUCAACAAGAUCACAUAUCUAACAAAUUUUACAAAGCUGUGAUUAUUUGAAUUAAAAAUGUGUACACAUGAGCUAACUACUGAACAUUGUGCUUUACAUAUUACUAUGAUAGCAUUCUAUCACUUGGUAUAAAAUUUUGAAUUUCAUAACAUGAACUGCAGAAGGCAUAUGUAAUUACCUAGUUUUGAUUGUCUGAUUAUUUAAAAAAGGCUUUAAUACAUUUAUUACACUUUCCUGUGUAUUUUAUUUACUAUAUGUCCAGUCAUGCCACACUGAUUGCCCACAUGUAAGGUAUGCAUACAUAAUUAACAGCAAUAUGAGAAGAAUAGAUUUUAGCUUAUGACACUGAGGAGGUGUUGACAGCUGCCAAAGAAAGAAAGACUGCUAGAUGUUAUUAACUAUUACAUUGAGAUGUAGACCAAACAAAACAUGCAUACAUUCACACACCCAUAACAAACAUGCAUAGCUGCAGUCAUCUCCAGGCACUAAGGCCCGACAGCCAAUGUGUCUAUGAUCA